AUGAAUGGGGUAGACAUGGAACGUUGCAAGCGAAUUAUACAGUAUAUCUGGGAUCCUGCACCCAGAAACGAUCAACCUGGAGACCCUAUCUGGUGUCUGGGAACCAAAUAUACAACGGAUGGUAUGGAGAGAGACAAUAGACGCUCCGAAGGACCAAACCAGCUGGGCCCAAAGGCUACAACGCCGGGCCAAUUAGACGAACAGGGUUGGCCUGAAUCGUUCCUUCACGACUUCGAAUCAAGGAUCUGGAUUACCUACAGAUCGAACUUCCCUCCAAUACCGAAGCCUAUCAACCAGGAUGCGUUCUCCGCAAUGACACUGAGCGUGCGACUGAGAAGUCAGCUCGUUGACCAGCACGGAUUUACAUCCGACACGGGAUGGGGUUGCAUGAUAAGGUCAGGGCAGAGCCUCCUGGCUAACGCAAUAUCUAUAUUGUUAUUUGGCCGAGGUUGGCGUCGAGGAAUAGACACUGAUCGGGAGGCUCAGCUAUUGUUACAGUUUGCAGAUCACCCGGAUGCACCUUUCUCAAUACAUCGAUUUGUCCAGCAUGGUGCCGAGUCCUGUAACAAACAUCCUGGGGAAUGGUUUGGGCCCUCCGCAACUGCCAGAUGCAUACAGGCCCUUGUGUCUCAACAUGGAAGCCUCAAUCUUGGUGUCUACAUGACUGAUGAUACAGCAGAUGUGCAUGAAGAUAAAUUCCUGGAUGCUGCCCACGACGAGAGAGGGUCAUUCAGACCAACACUGAUAUUAAUUGGGACGCGACUGGGAAUCGAUCGUAUUACUCCCGUGUACUGGGACGCGGUAAAGACCACAUUGCAACUCCCCCAAUCUGUAGGAAUAGCUGGUGGACGCCCAUCAGCAUCGCAUUACUUCGUCGGUGUUCAAGGCUCGCACCUAUUUUACCUUGACCCCCAUCAGACCCGCCCAGCGUUGCCACGGCGCAAUAUCGAUGAGCCAUACACAGAUGAAGAGAUAGAAACCUAUCAUACUCGACGCCUCAGGAGAAUCCACGUUCGAGACAUGGAUCCGAGCAUGCUUAUCGGCUUCAUUAUAAAGGACAGAGAAGACUGGGCACACUGGAAGAGCGGGGUAUCUGUUCAGGGGAAACCUAUUGUACAUGUACUCAGCGAAUCAGACACUGCUGUCUUCCAGGGCCGUGAAGGGGCGAUCGAUGAGGUAGAGGUCUUGGAUGAUGAUUGA